UCCCCAUUUCCUCUUCCAAACUUCCCUCCCUCCCUCUUUACCAGUUUCUUUUCUCCCCUUCCCUGCCCCGCCGCCGCCGCCUCCUCCUUCUCCUUCUCCUUCUCCCUCCGUCGCUCCUGCGAUCCUCCACUCCCUCAUUCCCCUCGCGAUUCCCCUCACUGAUUCCCCAAAUCGAAUCGAACGAGUCUCCCAACCAUUUCCGAACCCCGUUCUACACAUAUUCCUGCACCCUAGCUUCUUCUUCUUCUUCUAACUCCUCCGGUGGCUUCAGCUGACAACCGCCAUUGACGGAGUUUCUAAGGAGGAGAAGUUCUUUGUUUCAUCGUUUUCUUUGGUGCGAGAAAAGUUCAGUAGCAGAAAGAUGAAGUACGUGCUUGUGACUGGAGGAGUGGUGAGCGGGCUCGGGAAAGGAGUGACCGCCAGCAGUAUCGGCGUCAUUCUGAAGGCCUGUGGACUUCGCGUUACUUCUAUCAAAAUCGAUCCUUACCUGAAUACUGAUGCUGGAACAAUGUCGCCUUUUGAGCAUGGCGAGGUGUUUGUCCUUGAUGACGGGGGUGAGGUGGACCUUGACCUUGGAAACUACGAGAGGUUCCUUGAUAUCAAGCUGACGCGGGACAAUAACAUCACUAAUGGAAAGAUUUACCAGGCUGUCAUCGAUAAAGAAAGAAGAGGAGACUAUCUGGGAAAGACUGUACAGGUUGUUCCUCACGUCACUGAUGCCAUUCAAGACUGGAUAGAGCGUGUUGCCCAGGUGCCUGUAGAUGGAAAGUCAGGCCCCGCUGAUGUCUGCGUCAUUGAAUUGGGAGGAACUAUAGGGGACAUAGAAUCCAUGCCAUUUAUCGAGGCGCUGGGCCAGUUCUCCUACCGAGUUGGUGCGGGAAACUUUUGCUUGGUUCAUGUGAGUCUUGUUCCUGUCCUGAAUGUUGUUGGUGAACAGAAAACAAAACCAACUCAGCACAGUGUGCGGGGUCUAAGAGGCCUUGGUUUGACUCCGGAUAUCUUAGCUUGUCGCAGCACUUCGGCACUCGAGGAUAAUGUAAAACAGAAACUUGCUCAGUUCUGCCAUGUUCCAUCCGAAAGUAUAGUCACUCUGUACGAUGUUCCCAACAUUUGGCACAUUCCUCUAUUGCUAAGGGAUCAGAAAGCUCAUGAAGCCAUAUUGAGAGUUCUAAACCUUCACGGUGUUGCCAAGGAGCCUGACCUAAGGGAAUGGACAGCUAGGGCUGAACUGUGCGAUGCUUUGCAUGAACCUGUCCGAAUCGCUAUGGUUGGAAAGUAUACAGGUCUUUCAGAUGCAUACCUUUCUGUUCUAAAGGCUCUCUUGCAUGCAUCUGUUGCACUCCAGAAGAAACUUGUUGUUGAUUGGGUUCCAGCUACAGAUCUAGAAGAUGAAACAGCACAAGAGGUUCCAAUGGUCAAUCUUGCUGCCUGUUCCAUCUUUCAGUGUGCCGAUGGGAUUCUUGUUCCUGGAGGGUUUGGCGACAGAGGUGUGCAAGGGAAAAUUCUUGCAGCUAAAUUUGCUCGGGAGAAUCGAAUCCCUUACCUUGGCAUUUGCCUAGGCAUGCAAAUUGCUGUCAUUGAAUUUGCAAGAUCUGUUCUCAAUAUGCAAGACGCUAACAGCACAGAGUUUGACACUCACACCAAGAAUCCAUGCGUCAUAUUUAUGCCUGAGGGCUCAAAAACCCACAUGGGUGGCACCAUGCGACUGGGGUCAAGGAGGACAUAUUUCCAUGUGAAUGACUGCAAAUCUGCAAAGUUAUAUGGAAACAAAAGUUAUGUUGAUGAGAGGCACAGACAUAGAUAUGAGGUGAAUCCUGAUAUGGUAGCACGCUUUGAAGAUGCUGGGCUCUCCUUUACUGGCAAGGACGAGACUGGACAACGCAUGGAGAUCAUUGAGCUGCCCAAUCAUCCUUACUACGUCGGUGUUCAGUUCCACCCAGAGUUCAAAUCGAGACCUGGAAAACCUUCUCCAGUGUUCACAGGUCUGAUAGCAGCAGCAUGUGGACAGCUUGAGGGUGUGUUGCAACAAAACCACAGGGUAAGCAAUGGAUUCGGGAAACCCAACGGAGUUGGGAAUGGCAUCGCGAAAAUAAGUGUUUACCAAAAUGGACAUGCCACUAAGUUCGCGAAAAUGACAACAACGAAUGGAAACGGUAUAUAUAGCAACGGAAUGCAGUUCUAAAAAAGAGCCAUUUUCCUUUUGUUGUAGGAUCCCUCCAUGUUUUCCCUUUGUUAUUUUCGUUUUGUUAUGUCUUCCUUUCCAUGAAGAAAAGAAAAGGUGGAGUAAGUGCUGCUGAGACUCUUUAUUUAGGCGGGUUUUCUUGGUAGGAUUGCGCUUGUACAGUUGAAAGUAAUGUGGUGAGGCUUGCUGAUGAGUUAGUAGGGCACCCGGUCUUUCGAGAAGGCCGUAAAACAGAGUUUGAGAUAGAAGAAGAGAGAAAGAGAGUUUGAGAUAGUGAAGAGAGAAGGAUAUGGCGGGAGAAAAGGGACAGUGCUGGAUUCCUGGUCUUUUUUACGGGACGACUGUCGUAUUGUUAUGCUAUUCUACCCUUGUGCUGCUGUCGGCCGUUUUGCUCAGAGAAUGAUGCUUUUCUCAUAGUAGUAGUAUUAUGUGCUUCAGUGAUGAUGUUCUAAGCUUGAAACCUCCUCCAGACUUUACUACUAAUAUAAUGGGUUUCAGUUUCUUUUCGCUAUUGUGUGUGUGUUUGAUGAACUGAAGCUCUACCGUUUUGUUUGUAUCGUUACGUUACCUAAUGGUCCCUGUUGGGUUUUGCUUAUUCAUCCUUGAUGUUGUGUGUUUGAGCUCUUUUUGGUGUUGAACCUUUGUUAGGUGCCAGCAAUGGGACUGGGGGAACAAACCGCAAUGCCCUGUAAAGCAAGUGAAACCAGACAACAUGGCAAGCGCCGAAUCUACUACACGAUUUAGCCACUCGCCUAUGGGAGACCACUCGCCGAUAGGCAACCCAAAUCAUGAAACUGCGAAACCAUCACACGACACAAGAGAAUAGGUAGAAGCUGUCAUAGUAGGGCGUGCUUGAACAGAAAGGAAGUAGAUUGAAAGGUUAUGACUUUAGGGAUGUGGUAGUUCAUAUAAAACAUCUCAGCUGUUAGAAGAAGCUGCAACAGAAAGAAAAAGGGUAGAUGAGUAGCAAGGAUAUAGAACAGUACACAAAUUGCUUCGGUGUUGGUAAAUCGAAAAGGCAUCACUGUGGAUGUUUCUUCCAAAAGAUAAUAAGAACUCAUAUCAUGUCAUGGUCCAUUUAAUAACAAUGAAUGACAACCUUAAUGCAAAAUCAUCUUUAUCAGUGUAUUAUUCUUCUUUUUCUUGAUUAAUACCACCGUGUAAUGAUUUUUCUUCAUUCCGCCAUUUGUUGUUCGUUGGUGUUUUGGCGUGCCUUGUGGUGCAAGUACGGCAACCCCUUUUUAUCAUGUCUCCCUGCCCACCGUCUGCUUUUUAGCUUUCUCUAUCUAUCAGUGCCCUAGAGAGCUGAUUGCUGUUUCCCUUUUGCGGAAUCACAUGGCUUCCACUGUCCCACACUUGCCUUCAAACGAUCUGGCACCAUGGCGGACCAUGACGACAGGUCUGGAAGCGGGCCCGUCAAUGCAAGGUAGUUUGCACCCUUAUCUUCUUCCAUCCUCUUCCAACAUAACUGCCCGGGAAAUGCUUCAGACAUCGCCUUGAUAACGUCGUGUUCAACCCAGUCGCCACCAGGCGCCGCUUCAAGGUUGUGGUUCGUUCGAUCUAUUGAGUCUGCUGUCCCGUGAAUGCCAGCACAGUUCACCAUGAUGCGACCAUCCGGCAUCAAUCUUCUCUUCAUUUCCAACCAAGUGGAGACCUGCAAACCCACAACAGUCCGGAGGAGAAAAUGUCAGUAGCAAGUUUCAGGAAAGAAUGGCAUUGUGGCCUCCGCUAUUAAGCUUUGACAGAGUAAGUUAUGCAUUUGCCGAAGAGACGAUGUAGUGCAAGAGUAGAUAACAUGAGAAAUGCAGCGGACAAAGUGCUUCACUAAUUCAGACCUACCAGUUCCAGUUGUGGCAGCACCUUUCCCUCACUGAACAAGUCGACAAUUAUGCCUGAACAGUUACUGCCACUUGGUGUUAGUAAACCAAGGAAUUAAGGCCCUCCAAAUAUAUUUGGAAGAGACAAUCUAUAGAGACAGUUAUGGUGAAAGGAACUGGUAAUUGAAUUGCCUACAGAGUUCAGUGUAGAUGGAUGCUAGUUCAACACAGCUGCUACUGAUACAUGAAGAGCUAUGAUAGUUGUAUCUGUAGUUCAGGUAAAGACUAUAGACUUUCAGUUAUCAACUUAAAUUUGCCGAAGAAACACUCACCGGCAUAUCUCCCAGAAUCGUUUUCAGCAGGGGAAAGUGCAUCCCCGAUGCGAACAUGAAGUCUACCACCAGCUGGAGUGUGCUUCUCCAAAUCCGAUAGCCCGAAGUAGACUCUUGCUUUAUGGAUCAAAAUGUCAUCAAUUUCCCAUCCUUCAAGCUCCAAUGAAGGCCAUAAGUCAAGCAUCAGAUGUGCAGCAGUGCCACCACCCUGGCCUAGUAUCGAAAUGGGACCUUCUGGAACUAUAGGCGGUAAGCUUGCAAACUCGUCCCAAUACGAAUCUGUCCAUUUCUGUCCCUUCUGAAGAACGCUAUGCACACUAUGAGUAGAGUCGAGGAGCAGAACCCUAGCGGUAGGAGUAUCGACAAUUGCGAUGUCGUUGUACUUGCUUCGCACAGCUGUUACUAGCUGCAAACUUUCCUCUCCUUCUCCUUCUCCUUCUCCUUCUACUUUCCCCGUUUGUCCUCCAGCGACUCCAUCGCUCUGGAGCGCGCGGCAAUUCGCAUUGAAUUUCCGCGCCAAGUUACGCCGACGAGUUACUGGUGGUGGUGAUUGUAGCGUGCCAUUACUGAUUGUAUUCCUUGCCUGGAGAAAGGGAGAGAAGCCAUUUGACGCGAAGCGGCGGCAAUCCUCCGGGCAAGGAUUGAUUGUGAAGAUGGUUAGGGAUGCGGCGGAGAUGGACAACGGUGAAGAAUGCAUUUAUAGCAUAGGAGAAAGGAGGAAUCAGAAGGAAGAAAGGGAGCUCAGUCAGCUCUACACUACUUGUUGCAGUUCUUGGUUUCAGGCGGUUGAUUCUUUGAUUUUCGUUAUCGCUCUU